AAAUUAACAGAGUAAAUAGAUCACGAUGUACAAGCCCUUGGUUCUGCUGUGUGUUGUUUACUGUGUUGUCAUUGAGGCCCGUCCAAAAUGGCAGUUCCUUCCUCCGGUGCCUGGCUACGUGCCCGUCUACAUCCGCACCGGCGACACUCCCCUCGAGGAAAUCAACCCUGAGCUCGCCGAGGCCUUCCACGCACUGCCGGCCGGCCGCAGCGCCGGCAAAGAGCUCGAGGCUUCCCCCGAAAUGCCCGAACUUGCCGACCAACCUGACAUUCCGGAGCAACCCGAGAAACCCAGGAAAAUUGAAGACUCCCCCAUCGACCAUCGCCCUUACGAGAAGAAGAAGUCGAAAAAAGCAAGCUCCGAGAUCGCGAAACCGAUCGAGCGUAGAUAAGCUUUCGUAGUUAAG